CAAAACGCCUGCUCGUUUGCACACAUAAUCAUCGCUCACGCACAGGUGCACUCAAUUACCAUUCAACGUGAGAUAACGGACUGUAAACAGAGAAGUUCGAGGACGUGAGGUGAUGGCGCGGAAGAAGCUGUGUGAGUAUUACUGGCCGCCGUUUAAAAGCGACUGUGAGGAGCUUCUGGGCCGUUUCCAACAAACCGAGUCGGUUCGGUAUGAGGAGUUUUCUGCUAUCUGGGAGGGAAAUGGACUUCUCUACUGUGUUUUUUGGAACUGAUUCUGACCAUGAGAAGAGAUCCUUCACGAGGCUUACCUUCACCAUAGCCUACAGAUACAUUCUGCCACCAUACAGUUUUCAAAUUCGGGUGGGAGGCUUGUAUUUGAUCUAUGGUCUUUACAAUACACAACUUAUUUGGCCUAAGGAAAAGAUCAGGAUUGCUCUGAAGGACUGGUACGAUGUGCAGAAGCUUAUCGCGGAUGCAAAAAGUUGCCACCAUUUGGAUGUUGUUUACAUCUUUAAAAGGCUUUUAUUAUCGAAGGCUUUUUGUUUCACCGCCAUGCCCAAUAAGCUAACAUUUGAAGGGAGCGGACGCAUUCAGCAUAAUGUGAAUGAAGAGUUUCGGGACCACAAGGACAGAGUGGCCGAACUUGCUUCCAUUGAAACGCUAGAAGAGAUUGCAAAUGUGCAUGGUCAUUAUGAGAGACUAAAGAAAUCAUCAAUGCCAACAUCAUCUGGUGUGACGCUGCUUAACCUAACAUAUUCAAUUCAGGAAUCUGCUUCUGAGUACCACCAGUGGCAGAACAAAAUUGCAGCUGCAAAGGAUAAAAACUCAAAGGAAACAACUCAGAAAUCAGAGUCCUCCAGUAGAGCUGACCUGCUUGCAGCCAUCAAGUCCAAAACAUAUGGUCAAGUGUCAAAGGGAGCAAAACACAGGCGCCACCGAAAGGCUGAAAUUGCUACAUCAGACCAAGGGACUGAUCAAGCCCUGUUUAGUCAUAAAAAGAGACCCCCAUCCCUCAGGACCAGAACCUGGCAAAACUUCGGCAAACCAGGUGAGCCAGAACCAACAAAGGAAUGGCUUCUGAGUGUGAUGGAGGAAGACAAGACUGCAUUGAAACGUAAAGAACAGAGAAGAUUCAAGUGGUGAAAUGAUUAUAUAGCACUAGACAGAGUCAGUCAUUUGUAUCAGAUGACACUGCAUUAUGUAAUCCACAGUGCUUUAUUUAUUUUUAUGAAUACUUGAAUGCUAAAGCAUUAGUUGUUGUUUUUUGUUUUAGACAAAAAUAAAUAAUAAAAUGAGAUCC